CAAGGGGAAAAACAAGGAAGUGCUCACAAGCAGGCAGGUCGGUGUCUAUGUUCACUUGCCCUGAUUCUGUCCUGGAGACGAAUAAAAAAGGAGAUUACCCAGCUGGUGGGUUUUCCAACACGGAUAUGGAUGUCCCAGAUUCUCCACAUGGGAAUAUGGGGCUCUUAAGGACCUUUGAUUGCUCUGAGUUUGGCAGCUGGGAGAAAAUAGGCUCAGGUGGAUUUGGACAAGUAUACAAAGUCCGGCACGUACAGUGGAAAACAUGGCUGGCAAUCAAGUGCCCUCCCUGUCUUCAUGUGGAUGACAAGGAGCGUUCAGAGCUGCUCGAGGAGGCUAAGAAGAUGGAGGCGGCCAAAUUCCGAUACAUCCUCCCCGUCUAUGGCAUCUGCGAGGACCCCCAGGGCCUCGUCAUGGAGUACAUGGAGACCGGCUCCCUGGAGACCCUGCUGGCCACCGAGCCUCUGCCCUGGGAGCUCCGCUUCCGCAUCAUCCACGAGACCGCGGUGGGGAUGAACUUCCUGCACUGCAUGAACCCGCCGCUGCUUCACCUGGACCUGAAGCCGGCCAACAUCCUGCUGGAUGCUCACUAUCAUGUCAAGAUAUCUGAUUUUGGCCUGGCCCGGUGGAACGGCCUGUCACGGGCCGACGACAUCAGUAGAGACGGCUUCUGCGGUACCAUCGCCUACCUGCCGCCUGAGAGCAUCAUUGAAAAGGACAGAGUGUCGGACACCAAGCAUGACGUAUACAGCUUCUCCAUCGUCAUCUGGGGAAUUCUCACACAGAAAAAACCGUACCAAGGAGAGAACAACAUCCUUCAGAUCAUGGUGAAGGUGGUGAAGGGGGUGCGUCCAGACCUGGGUGCCGUGUCACGCUGUCGACCUUCAGCCUGUAUGGGUUUCCUGAGCCUCAUGCAGCGCUGCUGGACCACAAACCCAAACGCUAGACCCAGCUUCCAAGAAAUCACAUCUGAAGCCGAGGAGCUCUGCUCCAAACCUCAAGAGGAGCCCAAGACGCCGACCUUAUCGACGUCGGAACCAGAGCCCACAUCCCCUACAGUGCUCACUAGUAGCCAGGUUAAAGACAACAAGCUGGUGCGUCCAAAGUCAGCCAUGUUGCCAGAAAAAGAUUAUAGCCUGUCGGAGCUGUUGAGCCAGGUGGAUUCUGGGAUUUCUCGGAGCUUUGAUAGAGUGAAGGAAGACAGCUGCCACAGCAAAGAGAACACCUGCAAGAGAUUGUCUGGCAUCUCCUCAGCUGAUUCAGCCUUCUCCUCCCAGGACUCCAUCACACUGUCUUUUGAGAAAGAAAACACAUGCGAUUCUGCUGAGGUCCAGAGACGGAAGCUGUGCGAGGCCAUCAGGACAAAAGACACUGCCAAGUUGAUGAAGAUCCUCCAGCCUCAGGAUGUCGAUCUUCUCCUCGACAGAGGAGACAGUCUGCUCCACCACGCCAUCAGCUUGGCCAACGAAGAGGCCGUCAAGUUCCUCCUCCUGAACAAUGCCAACCCGAACCUUGCAAAUGCCCGUGGCUCGACGCCCCUUCAUUUGGCAACGGAGAGGCACCUGAAGCCCCUGGCAGAACUUCUGCUCGGUCGGCGCAGCACCAACGUCAAUGCCAAGGAUGAAGACCAGUACACGGCUUUGCACUGGGCCGCCCAGAACGGGGACGAGGCCAUCACGCGCUUGCUGCUGGAUCGAGGGGCUGCCAUCAAUGAAACGGAUGGCCAAGGACGCACGCCAGCUCACGUCGCAUGCCAGCACGGCCAGGAGAACGUGAUCCGGGUGCUGCUGAGCCGCGGUGCCGAUGUUCGAAUCAAGGGUAAGGACAACUGGACGGCGCUCCACCUGGCUGCCUGGCAAGGUCACCUGGGCAUUGUCAAACUGCUGGUCAAACAGGCCGGGGCCGACGUGAAUGGGCAGACGACGGAUGGCCGCACACCGCUGCAUCUGGCAUCCCAGAGGGGGCAGUACAGAGUGGCACGGAUCCUGAUUGAACUAAAAGCAGAUGUUCACACAACGUCUGCUGGGCUAAACACACCGCUGCACGUGGCAUCAGAGACUGGCCACACCAGCACCUCUCGCCUUUUGGUCAAACAUAAGGCGGAUAUCCACGCCCAGAACGCCAACGCUCUCACUCCUCUCCACCUAGCCUCCCAGCGAGGACACCUGGCCACAGUCAAGAUGUUAAUAGAAGAGGGGGCAGACCCCUACAGAACAAACCAGGCCCUACGCACCCCUUGCCACCUGGCAGCAGAGAACGGACACUGUGAAGUCCUGAAAGAGCUGCUCAUUCACUGUCCGGAUGGUGGCGCUCUGUCAGACGACCAGGGGCUGAGCCCGUUACACCUGGCAGUGCAGGGCGGGUACUCGAACAUCAUCACUAUGCUGCUGCCGCAGGACUGCCAAGACUUAGUUACAGAGAGCUCAGUGCAGCCAGCAGCUGAACAGCCAGCGCCGCCCGAGCCUAAGCAGCUCCAGAGGAAAGUCGUCAUACUAAAACUGACAGAGCACAACGGCAAAGACUGCCCACAGUCCACCGGCUCGCAGUGUGCCUCGGCACUCUGCUAACGAGAACAAAGACACUGCCAACACUGUACAGAACUAUCUGCAUUUUUUCUACUCCACUGGUGCCUCAGAGCCGGGGGAGUUCGUUGAGAUCUCUCCAACCUCAAAGAGAGUUUUCUUGGACUUAAAAGCCCUUUCAGCAUUGGAGGUAUUUCCCAACAGAUGUAAAUAUGUACACUGUAAAUAGAAAGUAUAAAUACCGUGUUGAAUUUUGUUUACUUUUUUACUUAACAAGCACAUUUUUUUUUUUUUUUUUUACCAAACAAGCACAUUUUGUGUAUCACAUUAGGAAACCCAUCACCUUUUGGGGACCUUUCACUACACUGUACUGCAGCUGGUAUGCCUACAAGUUAUAUUUAAUAGAGCACAAACUUUGGUCACAAGCUUUGUUAGGUGAAUGCUGUAGAUCAUCAGAGCCAUGGUGUUUAUAAAAAAAUAAAUAAAUUUGACCUUCAGUGUUCUGUACCUGUUACAUAUCAGUGCUGCAUCAUCCAUUAAAACAUUUUAAAACCUUUUUA